CAGUUGAGUGAGUGAAAGCUUCUUCUCACCAGCUUUCACCUCUCUGAUUACGUAUACUCUCUUCUUUAUACCAACACCUUCCUCUCUUACUUUUGCUUAUUACACACGUCCCCCUUUGCUUUCCUCUUAUCCUUGCCUUUCUCUUUUCUUUACUCCUUUUUUCUUGGGUCCAAAUGCUUAGGUGGUUGUUUGUUCUCCCACCCUCCCUAAUUGCCUCCCAUACUUGACUCCCAAGUGAUCACUUCCCCUGUCCCUUUCUUUCUCCUUGGCCUCACUCUGCAUCACCCUCGUGCAUCUCCUUUUUACUCCUUCCUCUCUCUCCAAGCCUUCGACCCGCUGCAGCUUUCUGAGCCAAAGUGGAUGCCUCCUGCUCUUGCAAUCUCAGCUAAUUCGACGGGUAACUAUGCUUUUCAAGAUUGUUUCAGCAUGGAACAAAAGAAGAAGAAGAGGCAAAUCUCAGGAUCAUUGAACUGUUUUGCAGGGAUAUACAAGCCUCUAGAUCAUUGGCAGCUUAAAGGACCAACACCCUCUUUCAAAAUCCGCAACUGCUCAUCUGUGUUCACUCUGAAGGAGAUGGAGGAUGCGACAUGUAUGUUUAGCGAAGAGAACUUGCUCGGCAAGGGAGGAUUCGGCAGGGUAUACAAAGGUACUCUCAAGAAUGGGGAGAUUGUAGCUAUCAAGAAGAUGGACUUACCUGCCUGUAAGGAAGCAGACGGCGAACGUGAGUUUCGCGUAGAAGUCGACAUCUUGAGCAGGCUUGAACAUCCAAACUUAGUUACACUGAUUGGGUAUUGUGCUGAUGGAAGGGAUAGGUUUCUGGUAUAUGAGUAUAUGCCAAAUGGAAAUCUUCAAGACUAUUUAAAUGGAAUUAGGGAAGCAAAGAUGGAUUGGCCUUUGAGGCUAAAAGUAGCACUUGGAGCAGCAAGGGCUCUGGCAUACCUUCAUUCCAGCUCUGCUGUUGGUACUCCUGUUUUACACAGAGACUUCAAAUCUACCAAUAUUCUCUUGACUCAACACUUUGAGGCCAAGAUUUCUGAUUUUGGCCUGGCUAAACUAAUGCCAAAUGGUGAGGACAUAUAUGCAACUACAAAGCUCCUUGGCACUUUCGGUUACUUCGAUCCUGAGUAUGCAUUGACAGGAAAACUCACCCUUCAAAGUGAUGUCUAUGCAUACGGUGUGGUUUUACUUGAGCUAUUAACAGGUCGAAGAGCAAUAGAAUUGAACCAGGGCCCUGGAGAUCAAAAUCUUUUAUUGCAGGUUCGACAUCUACUAAAUGACCGUAAAAAGCUUCGUAAAGUUGUAGAUCCUGAUGUGGCUAAAGGCUCAUGUACCAUGGUUUCUGUUUCCAUGUUUGCAAAUCUUGCUUCACGCUGUGUUAGAUUGGAAAGCAGUGGAAGGCCGUCAAUGGCAGAGUGCGUGAAGGAACUUCAACUCAUUAUUUGUGCCAAUAUGAGAGUAUAAAGUAAUUGUCAAAGAACCCAGAGGAAUUAUUUGUAUGAUAAGCAUCCGAUGAAGCAUUUCAAGUUUUUUCCCCAGUUACUACAAACAAUAAAAAAGCCUAUGCGAGCUUAAUGUUUUGGAUGCAUGUCAAUAAUAUCCUUCUGUGAUUAUGUAGAUCCACAAUAUCAAAGUAGGCAAAAUUCUUACAAA